UGCAGAGGCUGCUCCGCCGGCUGCCACAUCCGCCGCCCCCGCAGCGCGCGUUCACUCUACCUCCGUGUCCGCCGCCGCCUCCGCCUCACCGGUCCGACACCAGGGAAUGCUGUGAGCUGUCCCCAUCGACAUCGCCGUCGCCAUGGGUAAAGGAGACAAGCGGGGCAUCGCGCAGCGAGCAGACACGGGAACCAACCUGGUGGGCAAGUUCACGCAGAGCGUACGGCGCAUCGUCCAGGACGUCAAAGACGAGGGCACUUCCAGCGGCCAGACCAAGGAGGAGGUGAUCGAGACGAACGAGCGACUCCGGGCGGUGCGCGUGCGCCUCGAGGACUCGUACGACACGGCCAAGCGGUCGCUCAUCACGCUCAUGAGCAAGUACACCGAGAGCAAGAACGUCCGCAACGUCUUCCAGCGCUACAACCUGCUCAAGGCCAUGAUCAAGGAGGUGAUCCGGCUGGAGACCCAGUACUGGACGCUGGUGGACAUUCCGAAGCAGGAGAAGCAGGAGACGGUGCCGGCGUUCGUGCUGCGCGCGUGCGCCAUCAUGGAGAAGACGCAGAAGUCCGGCGAGGGCGUUAAGACGUCGGCCAAGCUCGCUGAGGAGGAAGAGAAGCGCCGCGAGCGCAUCGACCGCCUCGAGAAUAUGACAACUUUGCAGAUUGAGUCAGAAAACACUCAGAUGACCAAUGAUUUAUACCGUCUGCUCAAGAAGUAUUCUGGUCUCAGGAAUCUUAUAAGGGAACUCAAGUCUGAGUAUAUGAAUUCAAAGGUGUAUCCUAUAUUUCCACGUUACACCAUUUUGAAGGAUAUGAUCAAGGACAUCAUGCAUGAUCCAGAUUACAUGGAAGUAUGCCAUGAAGUGGACGUUUAGUGGUAGCCUAGCCAUAUGGCGACCACCAAAUGCCAGGUUGCCAUCUGAAAGGUGUCCUUGAAACCGUCAAUUGAAAUCUGUAGGGUUUAUUGCUGCUGAGCUUUUGUGAGUUUGCAUUGUGGUUUGUGCAGGGUGUUUAUACAAGAAAAUUAUGCAAUAUGUUGGUAUGGAACAUUUAAACAUUACGCUAAUGAAGUUUGAAGAAAGAUUAUUUUUUUAUUGCACUCAGUUUAUAACUUAAUGCAGAAAUGCUUUAAACGCUUUGAUAAUGCAUCAUUUCAUGGUGGCAUUUUAUUCCCAAAUUUUCCAACAUGUGAAACAUUAAAAACCCCUUAAAUUGUUUUAAAACUGUGGAAAAUUUAAACCACAAAUGCGGUAUGGAACAUGAAUCAUAUAAGAGGUGCAAUGUAGUAUGUGCUGUCAUGUAUGACUGUGUGUGUAGAAAUGCUGUAAUAAUGACAAGACAAUUCAGACCACACUAACAACUAAUAUUUUUAUAUAUAAAUAACCUUUUUUAUUUUGAAGAAUAAAGGCUAAAACUCAAAAUUAUGCAUCUUUUCAUAAGAAAUGUAUUUUAAACUCAAUAUUUUAAGAACUUCAAGCUAAAAGAUCUUUAUAUCAUUACAUAAGAUGUGAAUGAGUUAAUAGUACUGUGUAUGUAGUUACUGCAAUGUGCACUCACUUCUCUACAUAAUCAUUACACGAGGGCAAGUGAACCAAGACUUUGCUUCAUACACCUUUUAUAUUUAUUUUCUAUCAAUACACUUUGCCUAUACAGAUUAGAAAAUACAUUUUACUCACCACAUUUCUCUUCCAUUCAAACACAUAGAUAACUCAAACUUGAAAAUGGUAAACUAAAAAAUGGAAGUAAACAUGAUACAUAAGAAAUAAACAUUCUAUGAACUAGUACACUGUAACUGUAUUAUUUUGUAUGUCAUAUGUAGCCCUUGUGCAGAUCCUGGUUGGUUCCAGAAUGUUUUUCCUCUGUCAGUAAUCUCUGAUAGAAAUUUGUGCAUGCAGAGAAAAUGCUGUACAUAUUUACUCUCUAAAAAAACACUAUGGUGGGAAGAACUAUAAACUAAAGUACCAGUGCUCUCUACAACCUAAUAUUUUCAGCAGUAUACUAAAAAAAAGAAAAAAUCUUUUUAGCAGGUUAUUCAUACAAAUAAUAUGUUACAGCUGCACUACUGCAAAGAAAAGUUCCAUCAACAGUUAUAGUUAUAUCCUUGUUCCAUUGACCAUAAUUCUGAUCUCUCUCUACUGUAGUGGGAUGAGUCAGUUUUCAAUAACAACACACUUUCUCAAUGAAAAAUUUGGCAACUUACUUAUCAUUUAUUUGCUUAUCUUUUACAUACACUAUUAUUAUUAUUAUUAUUAUUAUUAUUAUUAUUAUUAUUAUUAUUAUUAUUAUUAUUAUUGAUCACAGUGAUUAUUACACAUUCCAUAAUUCUUCUAUGUGUUGAAGGAGUUGUCAAGCACUUUGUGUUUGAAGGUAAAUUUUAUUAUCCAUUAGAUUUUUCACAUGUUGGAUCAAUGGGGCACACAUAAAUUCCUGUCUCUUUUGAAAUUUUCAACAUUUUAUAUCUUUAACCAAAGGCACUUGCAGACACGGAGCUAAAGAAACUUUCUCUAUUACCACAAGGUCAAAGUACCACUGCACUGAUAAAACCAUGUUAAGAAUGUCAUCCCAAAAUCCUUUAAAUGCUAAUAACCAAAAACCAACCAUCGGAUUUUUUUGUAAAUUGGUUCCUACAUCUCAUAAAAUUUCACUUAUAACAUUACACACAUAUUUCAUAUUAAGUAAACAUCAGUAUGCAGGAAUUACUCAAAUAUACAAUGUCCCUAGUUAUUUGAGGCAGUUAUUACUAAAACCACUCUUGUUAAAUGUAAACAAUUUUCAGAAGAAUCACUUAUCUUUUAUGUUAUUUCUUGAAAAUACUUGAAGCCACAUAAAAAACACACAUUGGAGCCUAAUAACAAAUAAUGUUUUUGAAAAAUACCGUCAUCACUGAUACAGAUCAUUUUUGUCACAAACACAAUCUAGUGUCAGAAAGAGCUACAAAAUAGUUGCACUAAUUAUGCUUUAUUACCCUUAAGGAGCACUAACAUUUGCUACAAAAAUAUAUAAAAUUAUGUUAGAAAAGUAGAGGAUUCCAUCAGUCAUCUCCACUACUGUUGUUGGACUCAAACAAAUUCAAAUUCUGUCCAUCUUACUCAGGUGGAAAGGAAAAAUAUGGUUUCUUCACUGUGAAUAUAUUUGAAAGGCGACUCUGGCAAAAUCUGCACUUUUUCAGAGUGCCAUUGUGUACCACGGUCCUACAUAACUGAAUCCCUCAACUUUAGGCAUUCUUUGUCCCUUUAUUUGUCCUUUUCUUCAGAGAGUGUGAAGUUCAAAUCAACAACUUCCUACAUGAUGAACAUCAAUGACUGAUCUAUCUUUCAGUUACUGAAAGUUAGCAGAAGUAAUAACUCUAUCCCAGCCACUUACAAUUUAAAUAAGUUAUUUCUUAAGGAGCAUAUCUGACCAUUAGGCGAAAACAUAUGGCAAGUUACGGUAAAAAAUAAAUUAAUCAGUCAAGCACUUUCAGAACUAGUAAGUAUGCAAAGCACAGUGUGACAAAAAUUUUUGUCUAGCAAGUGUUUCCAUCUGAAAUUGAAAGUGAAUCACUUUGUUGAUAUUGCUUGUUUUUCAAAUACUGAAACAAUAAAGAAAUCCCUUUCUUCCAUUGCCUUUUGGUAAUUCUUCCAUGUUAAAUGAAAAUUAUGAUUUCACAGUGAAAGGUCCCUGAAACAUAAUACCAUAGCUGUCUUGCAUAAAAUAUUGCAUUAUUUGUUACAUGAGGGACAGACAUACUUUGCAUACGCUACUCUCUAAUAUAUGUCAAGAUUUUUGCAUGAAAAGUCUUUUUUUAUGGAAAAGGUUUUUCUUAGAUCAAUUUCUUUUUGCAUGUUAGGCAUUAAUAGCAAAUAUCAGAUGUAUUACACAUCAAACAGGUGUCAUGGCAUGUACAUUGAAAGUAUACCAACAUUAAUGACAUACUCUCCCAGAAACAGUUUGUAAUUUUUUUUUUCUCCAGAUGAAUACCUUUUAUGUGGGUCAUGAUGGAUCAAAUAAAUGGGAAUUCUUGGCUUGGAUAAGGAUAUAUGAUGUUCAAUAAGCUUUUUGAGAGGCUUAAAAACUGCAUCAAGCCUACAAUUGCCCCCCCCCCCCCACCCGCCACCCCCUCCAAAAAAAAAAAAAAAAAAAAAAAAA